AUGAAGAAGCUUAUGUGCCAAUAGCUAGACUUAAUGUAAUUAUAAUUGUUCUUAUAUUUACAUUUGUAGAAGCUCUUAAACUAUAUCAAGUGAAUGCCAUUAAUAUAUUUUUUAUUAACUAGUUAAAGAAAAAGUAUAUUGAAACAGCCCCAUAGUAUAUUUAACAAACUAAUUUUUUAUUAGACAAAAAGAAAUCAGCUCAAGAAAAAAAUGCCAUUCUAGAAUUUUGUCAACAAUUUGCUUGUGUAGGGGUAUGAACCACUUGAAAAAUAAGCGUGUUCAUUCUGUAGCAGAUCUGUUGCAAGAUCAAUGCGGACUGGCUCUUGUUCAUUUGGAAAAUGCGGUUUGAGGAACUAUAUCUGGAGCAAUUAGGCAUAUAUUGAACCAACUCCUCAUUAACAACCACUCAUGAAUAAUUUUGUCAGCCUACUAUCUCAACUUUUAGAUGGAACUAAUCCAUUGACACAUUGUUCAUUGCCAAAAAUUGAGGUAUUUAGGUCCUUGAGGGGUGAACUCCAAGUUUUUGGAUACGAGAUAUCCAUUCUAGUCACUACGGACGUAUUUGCCCUAUUGACACCUCCGAAGGAAUCAAUACUGGACUUAUCGAAUCAAUACUGAACUCCAAGGACUGGUCAUUGGGGAUCCUUAGAGAUAUCCAUCCUCAGAUUUUAUAAAAUCUCCAAGAGAUCAAAAAGGCAAAGAAGCACAGAUGGUUUAUCCAUCGCCAAGAAGAGAUGAAUAAUAUUAUAGGGUAGCGGCAGGGAGUUCUUUGGCCUUAAAUCGUGGUAUUCAAGCAGGUUGUUCCUGCUCAAUACUGUCAAGAGUUCCUGACUAUUGCCUGGGAAUGGUUCAUCUUCGAAGCAUUCUUCCCUUCCAAUUUUUUUAUAUUCUAGGUUCUCUCACUAUUAUGCGAAUAGAGGUUCUAAUGAGUUCUAAUAGGCAGCGUCAAGCAGUUCCGUUUUCUCGGUCUGAGAAGUGCGUUGUAGGAACCGGACUGGAACGCCAAGCGGCUUUAGAUUCUGGAGUUUCGGUUAUAGCCUAACGCGAGGGAAAGCUCAUUUCUACUGA